AUGAGCCCAGGUGAUGAUCCAAUUCAGUCUGAUCAGCUUUUCCGGUCGCGCUCGACGUCUGGUUCACCGCUACGCCAGGAACCUGCAGUCAAGAGCACAACUUCAAUGCCAGGGUGGACAUGCCUCUUGUCCGGUCUCAGUGGCGACCAGAACCCGCACCUCCUACGACAUCUGGCCUUUGACGACUCAGACAUGUUUGGUGACCAUCGGUGGAGGGUCUGGAGAGUUGACCCUCGCUUAAGGGGCGCGGCCUACCUGACGCUUUACUCUAAUCAACUGCUAGAUUGCAGUGCUGAUAUGUACAACUACGACGACAUUGAGCGAGUCUUUAGCCCUUAUCAGGAUGAGUUGAUCAACGUGUACUAUACAUUUGUUCACCCUUCUUACCCAAUCCUGGAGAGAAAGGAGGAAUUUAUCGCCCGUCGCACUCAGAAGCAGAUACCGUGUUCACUGCUCGCGGUCGUCUACAGCCAUGCCUGCUACUUUUGGGAGAAAUCUCCCGCCUUGCGCCACCUCAUCUGCCCAAACGCAUCACGGCUACGACCCUAUAUUUAUUCGAUUCUGACUGUCGAGAUCCGAACCCCUAACUUGAACGUUCUCCAGGCUAUGUUAUUGUACUUACAGCUUCCACCUCUUAUUAUUCGAGAGUCGAAUCAUCCAGGUCAUUGGGCAAUGACCACGCUCGCCGUUGCCAUUGCACAAGAUAUUGGACUUCAUGUUGACCCUGAGAAAUGGAAAAUUUCGCUACAGGAAAGAAAGCUACGUCGAGUUUUGUGGUGGAGCGUAUACGUGCACGACAAAUGGAUGGCUCACUGGUUGGGGCGCCCAUCGCAUAUCAGAAAGGGAGACUGGGCAGUCCAGCCUUUGACGCUAAGCGAUUUUGCGAACGCGGAUGGCAUGCUUUCUGUAGAUGAAGUCGUCCAAGGCAAGAUUUUCAUUACUUUGUGCGAACUAUCAGAGGUACUCUCCGAAGUGCUGGACAGCUUCUACAGUAUUCGAUCCAAUGUCGAGGAGAUGGAUAUCGAGCAGAGCGCCUCGCUGGCCCAGGAUUUCAUGGGCCGACUGCAAAACUGGCGAGAGACGAACGGGUAUCUGCGACUUCCAGAAGCCAGGACCGCAAGCGCGUACACGGCCGCGUUAGCUGGCUGCGCUGUGGAAACCCUCGUGCGUAGAGCUCACGCUGCGACGUUUCCAGGCGAGGCUGGGCUCGACAGCAACAGCGAUCCGAUGGCGAGUAUGAUGAACCGAGUCUUCGAGAUGAUGCGCGACAUCCUGGAGAACCGUCCACCGCAGAGCCGGAUGUGGUUGAGCUACAACAGGGGCAACCUAAUGACGAUUGGUUCUCACCUCAUCACCAUGGUUUUGAGAAGCACAAACGAUGAAGAACUUGAGACGCGUCGUGGCACCCUCUUGGAAUACCGUGGCUACCUGGGCAAACUCGCCGAGGACGAGCGAGAUUUCGAAUUUGCUCGCCUGCCGCUUCGGCGCCUGAAUUUGAUCAUUUCAGAGCUUUUUGGAAGGGACGAUGAAUUGGUGGACGACAUCGACCCCGGAGAAGCCGACGAUCUGUCUGGGGCUAGGACCACUUCUGCCAUAUGCAGAGCGGCAUUCAACGUCGCUGUGGCUCCCACGCCGCCUUGA